UCUUUUCUCUUUCUUGGACACUAUACCAAAUUACCAAUCAAUAAACCAACACCCUCUCUCUCUCUCUAAAAGCUUUGACUGACUGCAUGAUUGAAGAAAAUACUAGUAGAUGAAAACACCAUCAUCAUCUGGUUGAAAAUGGAGAUGCAGGGAGCAGAAGAAGAGCUGGAGCGGAGAAGCAAAUUCUUGAACAGUUUGAUACAAAAGAGAAAGAAUGCAGCUGAGCAGGAACAGAAUCAUGAUCGCAUGAAUGUGCGUGUGAGAGCCUCGGAUAUGCCUCUGCCUCUACAAAAUCACGCCUUUAAAACUGCUAGAGACAUUAUUGAUUCCAUGGCUUCUCUCAAGCUCAACAGCAAUCGCCUCGCUCUUUCCCUCAAAAAGGAGUUCGACUCAACAUAUGGUCCGGCGUGGCAUUGCAUUGUUGGAACCAGCUUUGGCUCAUAUGUGACACAUUCCCUUGGAGGGUUCUUGUAUUUCUCCAUUGACAAAGUGUAUGUUCUUCUCUUCAAGACUGCCGUGGACCCUUUGGAACAAUGAUCUACUGUUUCUUGUAUAUUUUAUCCAUGUUUUAAGUGGUAAGAAAAUGUAGUUGGAUUUAGGGGGAAAUGUUCUGAAAAAUGGAAAAAAGUACUACAUGGUUUUGGUUGAAUGUAGUGUGAUGGUUUGAGGAA